GAAGUCCGGCGCCCCCCGGGAGGGAACUGGGUGGCCGCACCCUCCCGGCUGCGGUGGCUGUCGCCCCCCACCCUGCAGCCAGGACUCGAUGGAGGUACAGAGCUCGGCUUCUUUGCCUUGGGAGGGGAGUGGUGGUGGUUGAAAGGGCGAUGGAAUUUUCCCCGAAAGCUUACGCCCGGGGCCCCUCCCAGCUCCAGCGUUACCCUCCGGUCUAUCCUACUGGCCGGGCUGCCCCGCCCUCUCAUGGGGAAAACUUAGCCGCAACUUCAAUUUUUGGUUUUUCCUUUAAUGACACUUCCGAGGCUCUCCUCGCCAUCCUCCCGCUUCCGGAGGAGCGCAGAUCUCAGGUCCCUUUGCCCCUGGCGUGCGACUCCCUGCUGCGCUGCGCUCUUACGGCGUUCCAGGCUGCUGGCUAGCGCAAGGCGGGCCGGGCACCCUGCGCUCCGCUGGGAGGGUGAGGGACGCGCGUCUGGCGGCCCCAGCCAAGCUGCGGGUUUCUGAGAAGACGCUGUCCCGCAGCCCUGAGGGCUGAGUUCUGCACCCAGUCAAGCUCAGGAAGGCCAAGAAAAGAAUCCAUUCCAAUAUAUGGCCAUGUGGCUCUUUGGAGCAAUGUUCCAUCAUGUUCCAUGCUGCUGACGUCACAUGGAGCACAGAAAUCAAUGUUAGCAGAUAGCCAGCCCAUACAAGAUCGUUUUCAACUAGUGGCCCCACAGUGUCCGGAAUUGGUGGGUUCUUGGUCUCACUGACUUCAAGAAUGAAGCCGCAGACCCUCGCGGUGAGUGUUACAGCUCUUAAGGUGGCGCAUCUGGAGUUUGUUCCUUCUGAUGUUCGGAUGUGUUUGGAGUUUCUUCCUUCUGGUGGGUUCGUGGUCUCGCUGGCUCAGGAGUGAAGCUACAGACCUUCGCGAUUGUACUGUAGGAGGCAUCGUGGAUGGAUGGCUGCUGGAAACCCCUUGCCAUAGCCAGCUCUUCUUCAAUACUUAAGGAUUUACCGUGGCUUUGAGUAAUGAGAAUUUCGAAACCACAUUUGAGAAGUAUUUCCAUCCAGUGCUACUUGUGUUUACUUCUAAACAGUCAUUUUCUAACUGAAGCUGGCAUUCAUGUCUUCAUUUUGGGAUGCAGCUAAUAUACCCAGUUGGCCCAAAGCACCUAACCUAUAGUUAUAUAAUCUGACUCUCAGUUCAGUUUUACUCUACUAAUGCCUUCAUGGUAUUGGGAACCAUAGAUUUGUGCAGCUGUUUCAGUGCAGGGCUUCCUAAAACAGAAGCCAACUGGGUGAAUGUAAUAAGUGAUUUGAAAAAAAUUGAAGAUCUUAUUCAAUCUAUGCAUAUUGAUGCUACUUUAUAUACGGAAAGUGAUGUUCACCCCAGUUGCAAAGUAACAGCAAUGAAGUGCUUUCUCUUGGAGUUACAAGUUAUUUCACUUGAGUCCGGAGAUGCAAGUAUUCAUGAUACAGUAGAAAAUCUGAUCAUCCUAGCAAACAACAGUUUGUCUUCUAAUGGGAAUGUAACAGAAUCUGGAUGCAAAGAAUGUGAGGAACUGGAGGAAAAAAAUAUUAAAGAAUUUUUGCAGAGUUUUGUACAUAUUGUCCAAAUGUUCAUCAACACUUCUUGAUUGCAAUUGAUUCUUUUUAAAGUGUUUCUGUUAUUAACAAACAUCACUCUGCUGCUUAGACAUAACAAAACACUCGGCAUUUCAAAUGUGCUGUCAAAACAAGUUUUUCUGUCAAGAAGAUGAUCAGACCUUGGAUCAGAUGAACUCUUAGAAAUGAAGGCAGAAAAAUGUCAUUGAGUAAUAUAGUGACUAUGAACUUCUCUCAGACUUACUUUACUCAUUUUUUUAAUUUAUUAUUGAAAUUGUACAUAUUUGUGGAAUAAUGUAAAAUGUUGAAUAAAAAUAUGUACAAGUGUUGUUUUUUAAGUUGCACUGAUAUUUUACCUCUUAUUGCAAAAUAGCAUUUGUUUAAAGGUGAUAGUCAAAUUAUGUAUUGGUGGGGCUGGGUACCAAUGCUGCAGGUCAACAGCUAUGCUGGUAGGCUCCUGCCAGUGUGGAACCACUGACUACUGGCUCUCAUUGACUUCCUUACUAAGCAUAGCAAACAGAGGAAGAAUUUGUUAUCAGUAAGAAAAAGAAGAACUAUAUGUGAAUCCUCUUCUUUACACUGUAAUUUAGUUAUUGAUGUAUAAAGCAACUGUUAUGAAAUAAAGAAAUUGCAAUAACUGGCA